UAUUAUACAAUUUAAAGCGCAUUUCUGUUUAUGCACGUGAACCCGUCUAACGUUAUUUUCGCAGUUAUAAAAAGUAGAAAAUUAUCGUUCCUGAAUAGGUGGCGCCGUGGUAGCGGAUCCUGUUCCUCUUCUUCCGGUUUCUGCACUGUGCAACUAUUUCAGUUAUAUUUUUAAUUAACGAUGCCAAGUACUUGUUGUUGUGUACCUGGAUGUCAUUUAAGAGGAGGACAUGCAUUUCCAAAUGACUUAAAAAGAAGGAAAAGUUGGAUCAACGCCAUGGCCCAUACGCAGAUUGGACGAGAACACGAUGAUAUCGUGGAGUCCAUCUCAAUCAGCUGUUGUUUGCAAGGCACGUUUUACUGAAAAAGACUACGUGCAGGAAACUAUUCAUGGGCGCAAACCCACCAUACAGAGACUUAAGUCUACUGCAAUUCCCAGCCUAUUUUCCUGGACCAAGCAAGAGACUGGAUCGUCCGCAAAAAGAAAAAUCAGGGCAGUUUCCUGUGAAAACAAAAGAACUAAACUUGAUGAAUAUUGUACAUGUAGUAGAAAUCUAGAGGAAAGUUUUGAUUGUGAAGUUGGUUUUCCUGAAGAAGUCAUUCAUACUGCAGAAAGGAUUUAUGACUGUCCACCACCAACUGCCGAGCUAAUGUUGAGCUUCACAGAUGGAAUUACGCAAACACCAUCAAUGCCUAUGUUUUCAGCAGAGAAUUUUGAAAUGAAGACACGUGACACAGCCAUGCAUUUUUAUACCGGUUUAGAGUUGUAUACUAAAUUUUUAUUUGUUUUGACCACACUUGGUCCAGCAGCACAUUGUUUGAGAUACAUAUAUUUUCAAAUUGAUAGGGUGUCAGUUGAAAAUCAGUUUUUUUAUGACUUUGAUGAAAUUGAGGCAUCAUACAACCAACUUUGAACUGUCUAGAUUCUAGAUUGAAUCUAGUGUUAAGAAUAUUGUGUAUACAUGGAUUAUUUUUAUGUCUAAACAGUGGUGUGAGGCUAACACUUGGCCAUCUAGUGGUUUAGUCAGGUAUUUUUCACCAUCCAACUUCAAAUUAAAGUUUCCUACGACUUGGAUUAUUAUUGACAGCACAGAAUAUCCCGUGAUAAAACCUAAAGCUCCUAGAGCUCAGGCAACCUUUUCAUCAAAUAAAAACAGAAACACUGAAAAUUCUUGAAUGUUCGACACCUGGUGGUCUCUAUGUCACAUAGAGCGAAUUAUUGGACUUGGCAAAACAUACAAAAUUCUAAUAAAUCCUAUGAAUGAAACUGAAACAAAACUUUCAUCUGAAAUAACAUUUAGUUGUUGUAUGUUGUGUAAUUUUAGAACUUGUAUUGUGCCAAAGGAUGCAUAAAUAAAAGUGACGCAAUGAA